AAAAUAAUUGAAGGGGAUGAAAAAGGAAAGAUGAAAAAAAGAAGAAAAAAUACAAAUGCUAAGGAGGGGAAGAGAGAGGCCUGACUCAUAUGGUUUGGUAUUGGGCUUAUCUCUGCUUGUCUGAGCUCUGACAAGUUCUUUUUUUUUUGUCAGAAGGGAAACCAGAUGAUGUUUAGAAUCCAAGGUAAAUACCAAACCAUUCUACGCCACCAAGUUUGAAUUUUGUCUUCUCAGAGUAGUUGUACGAAUUCAAAUUUUGAUCUUUCCUUUUGUCAUUUGAUCAUCUCCAAUGUUCUCAAUUUUGGAUCCGAUAAGGGUUAGGGUUUUUGAUCUCAAGUGUAAUGCUGCUUCUCUUCAUUGAUUUUUUGAUUUUAUAGUGUUAUGAAUUUGGGGUUUUGCGUGAUUGGUAGCUGUAAUCAACAAUCGGACUUGAAGUUUGGAUCUUUUGGGUUGUGGAGUCAUGAAUUAAGGUUUAUUAUUGUACUGGGUUGAUUGGGAUUUUGAGUGUUGAUAGGAAUGGAUGGAAUUGGCGGAUCUUCUGAAUCUGGGUCUGGUGAAAUCGGUCCCCAGUUGUCGAGAAAUGGGUUUUAUCGUGAAGAGGAGAGUUGUGUUAAGCAUGUCUCUGCUCUUGGGGGCGGUGGGUCGAGGAAUACAAGCCCGCUGGGUCGAGUAGGAUCGAGGAAUACAAGCCCUUCUAGGCAAAAGGUGAUUAAGACCCCACGAGGGUUAGAUGAGGAGACUGUUACCACAUUUGGUAAGGCUGUUCAACCUGAUGUUCAAAUGGAAGAUAAUAUUUGGGCAAUGUUACCUGAGGAUUUGUUGAUUGAAAUAUUGGCUAGGGUUCCACCCUUUAUGAUAUUUAGGCUUCGUUCUGUUUGUAAACGCUGGAAUUCAAUUCUUCUAGAUAGUAGUUUUCUUAAAUUUCACUCACAAGUCCCAUCUCACGGGCCAUGUCUUCUCACAUUUUGGAAGAACUCACAGACGCCGCAAUGCUCGGUUUUUAGCUUGCCAUUGAAAACGUGGUAUAGAAUUCCAUUUACGUUUUUACCUUCAUGGGCAUUUUGGCUGGUUGGUUCUUCAGGGGGUCUUGUUUGCUUUUCAGGGCUUGAUGGAUUGACCUUCAAAACAUUAGUUUGUAACCCCCUUACACAAAGAUGGCAGACAUUACCAAGUAUGCAUCAUAAUCAGCAAAGACAGUUGAUCAUGGUUGUUGAUCGGACAGACCGAUCAUUCAAAGUAAUAGCCACCAGUGAUAUUUAUGGUGACAAGUCAUUGCCCACUGAAGUGUAUGAUUCAAAGCUUAACAGUUGGUCACUUCAUCAGAUAAUGCCUGCUGUUAACCUUUGCUCCUCAAAGAUGGCAUUUUGUGACUCUAGAUUGUAUUUGGAAACUCUUUCACCGCUUGGUCUGAUGAUGUAUCGGCUGGAUACAGGCUAUUGGGAACACAUACCGGCUAAGUUUCCGCGGUCUUUGUUGGAUGGGUAUCUGGUGGCAGGUACACAGAAGAGGCUGUUUCUGGUUGGAAGGAUUGGUCUUUAUAGCACCCUUCAAAGUAUGAGAAUUUGGGAGUUGGAUCAUGCGAAAUUUAUGUGGGUGGAGAUGAGUAGGAUGCCCCCGAAGUAUUUUCGAGCUCUUUUGCGGUUAUCGGCUGAGAGAUUUGAGUGUUUUGGGCAGGACAAUUUGAUUUGCUUUACAUCUUGGAACCAAGGGAAGGGCCUUCUUUAUGAUGUGGAUAAGAAAGUUUGGUCUUGGAUUGCUGGCUGUGCUCUUCAGUCAUAUAACAGCCAGGUUUGUUUCUAUGAGCCAAGGUUUGAUGCUUCCAUCUACUGAGCAGGGACUAUUGCUUUACAGUUUCUAAUUUAUUUAUUAUGGGGUUAUGAGGGUUGUCAUCUCCAUUUGGCAUCCUUUUUUUUCCUGUCAUUCUCUUCACUCCCCCUUGGAAACAUCCACGAGUAUAAUUGGACUAUAAGCAAUUUGUGCAGCCGAUUUGGUUAAUGUCUCAAGUUUCUCAAGCUUUGCAUUCUGGAACCAGCACCAUGGGAACAGCACAGAAAAUUGGUGUCAUUAGCCAGAUUUUCUAUCAUGUAACUGGUGAUGUCACCUGGUACUAAGGCUCUUUGGAGUAGAUAAAUUGAGUGCUAUUGUAGUUCAAUUAAUGGAUAAUGGUUGGGCUUAUGAAAGAAUUUUCUCCAUUGAUGUUGAUGCUUUAAAGAAUUGUAAGAAGAUGUUUCUUGUUUCCAAUUCAUGUACACUAGUUGAAAAUGUUUAGAACGUGCAAGUUUCCUAUGUUAAUUGUUA